UCACCGCGUAGCUGCUUAGAGCGAAAUUGUCUCGUCUUGCGGCCAUUUCAACAGGACUCAAUUGGCAAUUCAUUUAUAAACACACAACAAGCCCCAACACCGGCGUCUCGGGAGCAGGUGCUCCAGUCCGCCUGCAGGCAGCUGAAAACCUGGUCUGGACCCGGCUGGACAUCAUUGGACAUGUCAUCCGCCAUAGAGAGGAAGACGAUGGAAGCAAAUGAGGAGCCGGUGGAUGAAGUCCUCCAGAUGCCACCGUCUCUGCUGACGUGCGGCGGGUGUCAGCAGAGCAUCGGGGACAGAUUCUUCCUAAAGGCCAUCGAGCAGUACUGGCAUGAGGACUGCCUGAGCUGUGAUCUGUGUGGCUGUCGACUCGGAGAGGUGGGCCGCCGGCUCUACUACAAGCUGGGAAGAAAAUUAUGUCGGAGAGACUACCUCAGGCUUUUCGGUCAGGACGGUCUCUGUGCUUCCUGUGAGAAGAGGAUUCGAGCAUUUGAGAUGACGAUGCGCGUGCGGGACAAGGUUUACCAUCUGGAGUGCUUCAAGUGUGCCGCCUGCCAGAAGCACUUCUGCGUGGGUGACCGCUACCUGCUCAUCAACUCAGACAUUGUGUGCGAGCAGGACAUCUUCGAAUGGACCAAACUCAACAAUAACAACAUGGUUUAGUAGAAAGAAGGAAUGUCACUCUGCCUUUUUCCCACUGGAUUCAAAGGGAAUGAACCAUUUAUAAACUAGACUUUUUGCAGCCUUUGCAGGCUUUAUCAUGCAUCUGACAUUGAAUUUAUUCUGCAUUGCUCCCUGCUGGAGACGAAUGAAGACUGCACCAGCAAUAACAGAACGCUUUUCAUCAUAGACUUCAUCCUUGAAUGCUGGAAAUAUUUAAACAUGCAAUAAUAGUUGUUUACAUACACUGGAUUUUUAGAUCUUUAGCAAUGAAUAAAGCCUAAGUCUUUGUCAAGUUUAUUUUAGUCAAACACUGUUUUAUCACUUCAGACUUAUCUGUUCAAUGUGUGUUCAAAGUUUUCAAUGAGAAUUUCAGCUAGGUUUUAUGUUAUGGUUUGUAAUUUCCUGAGAAAUUCCUGAGAAGAACUACGUGACUUUGUAUUCAUUAUAGGGGAAAUAGAAGCUUUGUUAAAGGAGUUGCUCCAUUUAAAAUCAAAGGAAAUAUUAAUUCACUAUUAGAAGCUUUAACUCUCCAUUUAUGUUGAAUUGUACGUCUGCCUGCCAACAAAUUUCACGUUUGGAUGUUUAUCUAACCUGCUGGACUGACUGUCUCUAAAUAACAGUGUUUUUCAUAAUUUUUCCAGAACAGAAUUAUUUAUAUAAGAUUUGAUUUCAUUAGGAAUUUACAGAUCUGUAAAUUGUUACCAAAAAAGUUACGACAUUUCAAGUUAUAAAUGCAAUACAAAGUCCAUAUAAAGUCCUGAUCAGAAUGAUUGUGCUGUAUUGCCAGGUUGAACUGGCAGCGCCCUCUAGUGAUCGAGGGAUCACAUGCAAUACUCAUUUUACUGACUUUGGAGCUGUGUGUCUUUUGUAAUUGUUACACUUCUCUGGACAUGCAUCCAUGACUUUUGGAUAUUUACAAUAAAAUACAUUUUGAUUUAGAGUA